ACGAGUUAGCCGUUGUAGCACUGAGAAGAGAAGCUCCACUGAUGUAAAACCGCCCUAAGAAAACCUGACAAACUCCUCCCCAAAAAUCUCCCAAAUUUCAGAGAAUUAUACUCCCAAAAAAUCAACUGAAAUUUUCUCUUUACAGGCAUGGGGGAUUUCUCUUUCCUUUCGGAUGAUGAUAGUGACACUGAAAAAGCUGUAGAUGAUCUUCUUGAACAAGCAAUGGACCAUUCUGUUCUUCAACAAAUUGCUGCUAUUAACUGCUCUGGAUUUAACGACUCUUCACUUCCUAGUCACCUAGAAACUCGUUUUCGUAAACUGAAAUCCCUUCCUGCUGCUCAUACAACUCCAAAACCGUCUAGUUUUACAAGAAAUUCUAGAAGUUUCUGUUCCUCGGAGUUUCCGAAAAAUGAGAAAAAUUGUGAUGAGAACAAGAAAUUUGAAGGAAGUUCAGUUGGGGAGAAGGGUGGUGAGGUGAAUUUGGAAGAUGGGUUUGUUGAAAAUGAUGUGUUUUCUAAAAAACAAGAAGGGGAAAGAGGGAAGAAGUCGAAUUCUUCACCGGAUUCUGGGAGUUUCUGUUCGUCGGAGUUACCGAACACCCCAAAAAUCAAGAAACUUGAAGGAAAGGGUUCUGAGGUGAAUUUGGAAGAUUGGUUUGUUGAAAAACAGACAAGAUCAAAGGAUGUUUUGUCGAAAACUCCAGAUGGGAAAAGGGGGAAAAAGUCGAAAGCUUCGUCAGAUUCUUGGAAUUUUUCUCAGGAUUGUUUGUCUCCACCAACGAAAACAGGGUGUUUUUGGUGUUCACCUAAGAAGGGAUCGAGUAAAAAGGGGAAAGAGAAUAGGAGUGUGAGUAUGGGGCUGAAAUGGGGGAAGGAUGAUGAGUUGUUAUCGGAUUUGAGUACGUUUUCAUUGAAAAAUCAAGAGAAGUUGAUGAAGAAAGCUAUGGAGGAGCAAGAAAAGGUUAAUAGAGAAGCUGAGAAGAUUGUCAAGUGGGCAAAACAAGCAUCUGCUAGGAUGGAUGUUUUGAGCAUUGAAGAUGAGCUAAGUGAUGAUGUUGAUGCUUUCAAAUGAUUGCGAUGAUUCGUUAUUAUACUGAUAUGCUGCUUGGUAAAAAAGCUCUCUUUUUAUGCCUGCUUGUAUGUUAUGUUCUCUGUUUUAAUCUUGCGCAGGACUGUGCUGGCCAUAAUGUUGUAAAGGUUUAAUCUUUUGGAUGAUUAUAUGCAUAAGAUAUAUAGGAAAAUAGUAUGAGAUAUAUAUGUUUCAAGUGCAAUUUAAGUCUUUUGUGCCUCAGAUUUUGCAAGAGAUGUUAAUAUCUGUUUAAUUGUAAAUCUGUUGUCAAAUCGUUGUGGCUUUCCAUUGGAAAAUAUUAUGAGAUAUAUAUGUUUCAAGUGCAAUUU